GCCGCUCCUUUCUUCAACCCACGCUUCCGACCGACAACCACUAACCGACCUCUCCAACAGCCGUCGCCGACAAAAUGGGUGCUACCGUUCCUACCAACGACCAGAUCCUGGUCCCCGAGACCCUUCUCAAGAAGCGCAAGUCUCAGGAGAAGGCCCGUGCUGAGCGCGCCGACGCCGUUGAGAAGAAGAAGGCUGCCAACAAGGAGAAGCGUCAGGUUAUCUUCAAGCGUGCUGAGAAGUACGUCCAGGAGUACCGCGAUGCUGAGCGUGAGAAGAUCCGUCUUCACCGCGUCGCCAAGUCCGAGGACUCUGCUUUCGUCCCUGCUGAGGCUAAGCUGAUCUUCGUCGUCCGCAUCAAGGGUAUCAACAAAAUGCCCCCCAAGCCCCGCAAGAUCCUUCAGCUUCUCCGUCUCCUCCAGAUCAACAACGGUGUCUUCGUCAAGGUCACCAAGGCCAUCACUGAGAUGCUCAAGGUUGUCGAGCCCUGGAUCGCCUACGGUUACCCCAACCUGAAGACCGUCAAGGAGCUCGUCUACAAGCGCGGUUACGGAAAGGUCAACAAGCAGCGUGUUGCCCUCACCGACAACGCCAUCGUUGAGGAGAACCUCGGCAAGUACGGCAUUGUCUGUGUUGAGGAUCUCAUCCACGAGAUCUACACCGUCGGCCCCAACUUCAAGCAGGCCUCCAACUUCCUCUGGCCCUUCAAGCUCUCCAACCCCACUGGUGGCUUCCGCCCCCGCAAGUUCAAGCACUUCAUCGAGGGUGGUGACCUUGGCAACCGCGAGGAGGCUAUCAACGCUCUCGUCCGCCAGAUGAACUAAGCGUUGGUUUCUAAAAAAAAAAGGCUUUUCAGGGAUCGGUCGUUAGGACCUAACGGAUUCAAAAAAGAUUUGCAUUUGACUGCUCGGCGUUCUUAUCAUGACAGGGAUAUGGCAAUUGAUACCGUGAUUAAUGACACCCGAGUUUUCAAAAUAUUCUAUCUGUGAUAUCCUGUGAUGUGAAAUAAUCAUGAAAAGUUUUCUCACGUGCCGUUCGUAUUCUUGCCAUACAUGGGAGG